CUAGCCGGCGGGAGGGCAGCCGCGCCCAGGGCCUCCGGGCCACGGGGGGCCGCUGUGACCCGCCUCGGCCCCACGGCGCCGCGGGCGGGCCAGCGGGCGGGCCAGCGGGCGGGCGGGGGAAGCGGGGCUUAAGGGAGAGCGUCCGCAAGCCGAAGGGAGCCGGGGAGGCGGGCGCUGUUCUGCGGCGCGUCGGCGGGGGCCCCGGAGCGCUGAGGACCGAGCAGGGCCCGCCGGCCCCAUUCAUGAGGCCUCAGUGAGGCGCGGCGGUGACAGGCGGCCCGCGGCGCCUCCCGCGCGUCCUGUUUGGAGCGGCGGCGGCGGCGGCGGCGGCGGCCCCCCGGUUGGAGAGCAAGGAGCAUGUCGGACAGUUUCGAUCGGGCUCCAGGUGCUGGUCGGGGCCGGAGCCGGGGCCUGGGCCGCGGAGGGGGCGGGCCUGAGGGCGGCGGGUUCCCGAACGGAGCGGGGCCUGCGGAGCGGUCGCAGCACCAGCCGCCGCCGCCGCCGCAGCCGCAGCCCAAAGCCCCGGGCUUCCUGCAGCCGCCGCCGCUGCGCCAGCCCAGGACCGCCCCGCCGCCAGGGGCCCAGAGUGAGGCCCCCGCCGGCUCCGCGCGGCCUCCCCGGCCUGGGGCGCUCCCAGAACAAACGAAGCCCCAGAGAGCUCCACCUAGUUCACAGGAUAAAAUCCCACAGCAGAACUCGGAGUCAGCAAUGGCUAAGCCCCAGGUGGUUGUGGCUCCUGUGUUAAUGUCUAAGCUGUCUGCGAACGCCCCCGAAUUUUACCCAUCAGGUUAUUCUUCUAAUUAUACAGAAUCCUAUGAGGAUGGUUGUGAGGAUUAUCCCACUCUAUCAGAAUACGUUCAGGAUUUUCUGAAUCAUCUUACAGAGCAGCCUGGCAGUUUUGAAACAGAAAUUGAACAGUUUGCAGAAACCCUGAAUGGAUGGGUCACAACAGACGAUGCUUUGCAAGAACUUGUGGAACUCAUCUACCAACAGGCCACGUCUAUCCCAAAUUUCUCUUACAUGGGAGCUCGCCUGUGUAAUUACCUGUCCCAUCAUCUGACAAUUAGCCCACAGAGUGGCAACUUCCGCCAAUUGCUACUUCAAAGGUGCCGGACGGAGUAUGAAGCUAAAGACCAUGCUGCCAAAGGGGAUGAAGGGACUCGAAAACGAUUUCAUGCAUUUGUUCUGUUUCUGGGAGAACUAUAUCUUAACCUGGAGAUUAAAGGAACAAAUGGACAGGUUACAAGAGCAGAUAUUCUUCAGGUUGGUCUUCGGGAACUGCUGAAUGCUCUGUUCUCUAAUCCUAUGGAUGACAACUUAAUUUGUGCAGUAAAAUUGCUAAAGUUGACAGGGUCAGUUUUAGAAGAUACUUGGAAGGAAAAAGGGAAAACUGAUAUGGAAGAAAUAAUUCAGAGAAUUGAAAAUGUUGUCCUAGAUGCAAACUGCAGCAGAGAUGUGAAACAGAUGCUCUUGAAACUUGUUGAACUUCGGUCAAGUAACUGGGGCAGGGUCCAUGCAACUUCAACAUACAGAGAAGCUACCCCUGAAAAUGACCCGAACUACUUCAUGAAUGAACCAACAUUUUAUACAUCUGAUGGUGUUCCUUUCACGGCAGCAGACCCAGAUUACCAAGAAAAGUAUCAAGAGUUACUUGAAAGAGAGGACUUUUUUCCAGAUUAUGAAGAAAAUGGAACAGAUUUAUCAGGGGCUGGUGACCCAUAUUUGGAUGAUAUCGAUGAUGAGAUGGACCCAGAGAUUGAAGAAGCUUAUGAAAAAUUUUGUUUGGAAUCAGAGCGCAAGCGAAAACAGUAAAGUUAAAUUUGAGGAUACCAGUUUUUUUUUUUUUUUUUUUAAAGUUUAGGUAUGAUGAUUUAGCAGAACACAGGAAAGCAAGAAACUGUGUCAGACUUAUACCAAAUUAAGGAUUUUGAGUUAUGUUACUAAUGUAUGCAACUUUAAUUUUGUUUAACACUACCUGCCAAAAUAAACUUUAUUCCCUGUAACUUAAAAUGUGUAUAUAUAUAUAAUAGUUUUAUUAUGUACAGUUAAUUCUACUGUUUUGGCUGCAAUAAAAUUGAUUUUGAAAUAAAUGAAAUGUUGAAAGAAAAUUUCACUAGCGGUUAGAUGCUUAUCGUUCAACUUCUUUUUCUUGAGGUU